AUGGAACGCAUAGAUAAGACAAAAGCUAUUUGUCUGGUGAUUUGUAUUGGCAGCGCUCUGGUAGUGCUUUGUGCUUUUGUGGUGCUAGAGCUAGUGGAUCUCCACCCUAGUAUGGUUAAAAACGCCAGAAACAGUUCGCCAUCUAACAUUUCGGCGGCGCCAAUAACUUCAGCUAGCGAGUACGUUAAGAAUGACGAUAGUGUUUGGCAGAAAACCAGGAAUAAUGCUGAGACAAAAAGUAAUCCUCUAGUCGCGAUAGACAGCAAAAGCAAAACAGAUGCUGGCCUAGCUACUGGUUUGAUAAGUGCAAGUAAUCCGUCGGCCAAUCAAGCAAUCAUGAGAAGAGGCGGAAUAAUUAAUCAGGGGUUUGAUUAUGAAAGUGGGGUAGAUUUGAAUCAAAACAACAACUUGCAAAUUGAUGCCGCACAACUCAUUACAGUGUUUAACUACUUUAUGUUUUCUCUUGAGCGCACGGCUUUGUUUCUGCCGGUCGACGCCGAGGAAAGCUAUAUCUACCGCGCCAACACGUUUGACUUGGGAGACUAUGUGAACAAGGCCGUGCCACUUUCGAAAAUUGGCACCACUUUCGCUGUGUCGUCGAAUUCAUCCAGUCCGCAAGCUGUGGUGAUCUUUAAGGAAAGUUAUGAUAUCUGCAUUGAUGCGAAUAACUCGAAUCUGAAAACACUGCUACAACAUCGGGGUCAAAUCAGCACAAUCCAAUGUCAAACCCUUAUAGUGGUCUUUACGUGGGGGCAGAAGUGUCUUUGUGAAGGUCCAAAUAAGGAGAACACCCAAUCUCUGCUGGAGAAGGUGCUUGAUCUUUUUGUAUUUACGAAUCUAUGUUUCCUGGGCGCACCGUAUACGUCCACGAUGCCGGGCUAUUUAGACCAUAUGAUUUUCAAAAGGGUGCUUUAUGAAUCUAAUUCGGUGGCCUAUAGCCGCGAUGUUAUUGCGGAGCCGGUUGAUGUCGACUCCGCUCCGGUUGCGUCUAGCUUACUUCCUGCAACUACAUCCGACCCAACGUCAGCUUCCACUCCACAACCUGUCCGGCUGUCUGACUUGGCAAGUAAGUUUGGGUUGAAUGGGCAGUAUCAGAUUAGCAUUGUGGCCAGGGAAACUAUCGAGUCCGCAAUAAUUCAGGAGCGUACUUGCAAUAAGCUCUGCUUUGAUAAUGUCUGUUUGUGUUUUAUAUGUAUAACCUGUUGUAAAGAAGACAUAUUUGAUAUAACCAAUCGGGCCCAGACACUGUCCUAUCGAAAUGUACAGGUCAUGCAUGACGACACCUGCCAAUCUAUACACCAAUCUUUCCCAGAGAUGACCACUUUUAUUGUUGAUGGGUUGAAGAUAAAUGACCCGAAGUUAGACCAAAAGAAGAAAGUAAAGAAUGCCGUUACUUUUUUGACCGAUCAAAUCAAGAAUCUGAAGCCGAAAAUGCACAUCAUCCAACUCACUAACAUUACCCAGUCCUUACAAAUAGAUGACUUGACUGAAGCUAUUACCAACCUAGCUCAGCAAACAUCGGUCAACAAUCUGGCUUUAGAUUGGCCGAUUAUUUUUCAGUCAAGCCUGCAAUCAUGGCUGUCUGACUGCAGAAUAACCGUCCACCAGCACUUGAUUAUAACGAAUCUUGAUCUAGGAACGGACGGAUAUACGCACAACGGUGUUUUGGUACAAAUCCAUGAGUUUGAAUGCAAAUUUGGCUUUUAUAUGGCAGGUGGGAAGGUUAUUUUGAUCUUCAAGCCCAGUAUUAGGGCUUAUACUGCCUCGCCGCCUGGGGCGAUCUGGAGUGUUUCGUGGUCCGACCGUUGGGUGGCGGGCCAUACUUAUCUCGAGCUUUUCUACUCGCCGCCGGCCUUCUUAGUUCUUAAAUGGCCCAUUGCCGACCCAGAUACCAUGAUAUACACCCGGCGGGUCAUUUGCGAUACGAUGAGUAAGAAUCAAAUGAUACAAGGGGGAAGGACAACGAAUGUGGUCUGGUGUGCCCACCACCACAAGAUGUCCAUGGACACUGUUUGGGCUACUGCUAAGUCUGUUGCCAAUGGCGUUGUCUCGGCCGGCAGCUCUAUCUGGAAGGCAACUCAGGAAAGCCUUCUGGUUGAAGUAUUGGCCGGUUACUGGGCGAGUAAUGAAAGCAAGAAAGCUGACUCAACGUCUAGUACCAGCUAA